CCGGCAGCGUGGGCUGCGGUGCCUGAGAACCGGGGAUGGCGGCCGUGGCUGCGCGCGCGGGUGGGCUGCUGCGGCUCGGGGCUGCGGGAGCGGAGCGGCGGUGGUGCGGAGUGCGCUGCGCUGCGCUGGUGCAAGGCUUCCUGCAACCCGGGGGCGAGGACGCGGCCCAGAAGCGGCGGGUGGCCCACUUCACUUUCCAGCCGGACCCAGAGUCCCUGCAGUAUGGGCAAACUCAGAAAAUGAACCUCUUCCAGUCAAUAACAAGUGCCUUGGAUAACUCAUUGGCCAAAGACCCCACUGCAGUAAUAUUUGGUGAAGAUGUUGCCUUUGGUGGAGUCUUCCGAUGCACUGUUGGGUUACGAGACAAAUAUGGUAAAGAUAGAGUGUUUAACACCCCGCUGUGUGAACAAGGAAUUGUUGGAUUUGGCAUUGGCAUCGCGGUCACUGGUGCUACGGCUAUUGCAGAAAUCCAGUUUGCCGACUACAUUUUCCCAGCUUUUGAUCAGAUUGUCAACGAAGCCGCCAAGUAUCGCUACCGCUCAGGCGAUCUUUUCAACUGCGGGAGCCUCACCAUCCGGGCCCCGUGGGGUUGUGUGGGCCAUGGGGCUCUCUACCAUUCUCAGAGUCCUGAAGCCUUUUUUGCCCAUUGCCCAGGAAUCAAGGUGGUUAUACCCAGAAGCCCUUUCCAGGCCAAGGGACUUCUCUUGUCAUGCAUAGAAGAUAAAAAUCCAUGUAUAUUUUUUGAACCUAAAAUACUUUACCGGGCAGCAGUGGAACAGGUCCCAGUAGAACCCUACAAGAUCCCCUUGUCUCAGGCUGAAGUCAUCCAGGAGGGCAGCGAUGUGACUCUGGUUGCCUGGGGUACUCAGGUUCAUGUCAUCCGGGAGGUGGCUUCCAUGGCCCACGAAAAGCUUGGAGUGUCGUGUGAAGUCAUCGAUCUGCGGACGAUUGUGCCUUGGGAUGUGGAUACAGUUUGCAAGUCUGUGAUCAAAACCGGGCGACUGAUGAUUAGCCACGAGGCUCCCCUGACUGGAGGCUUUGCAUCUGAGAUCAGCUCCACAGUCCAGGAAGAAUGUUUCUUGAACCUAGAGGCCCCGAUAUCUAGAGUAUGUGGAUAUGACACCCCGUUUCCUCACAUCUUUGAGCCCUUUUAUAUCCCAGACAAAUGGAAGUGCUACGAUGCCCUUCGCAAGAUGAUCAACUAUUGACGACCGAGAAAACCAGGAAGAUGAUGACUAGAUAUGGAAAUAUUUUUUUCUGAAACCUUUUUAUAUUUCCUUCUACUUCUUUCUACUUACAUAUAGUUUUAUGAAACGCGCUAUCAUGGAUACUGGCUGACGAGCCGCGAAUUCCUCAUGUUAAUAUAAAUGGAUUGAGUGCAUGGGAGUGAUGCUUUAGGGAGCACAUGGGCAGCGAUCUUAAGACCGUUUCAUGACUAUAAAUAUCGGGUGGUGUUGUAUUCAAUAAAGCCACGUCACAUCGCCUUCA